UAAAAAGAACCUCUGUAGGGAAGCUUAGUUUAAUGUAAAUUAGGGUUUUCUUCUGCUGUGAGUUAGGCCUCAGAAGCUCAAGGCAUAAGUGGCGUGACAAGAGAUCUUUUAAAAGACUAGCCUGCCCUUAGAACUCUUGGCUCUAAGAAUGAAAAUCAGAUGAUCAGAAAACUGCAGCUCGGUCAAAACUUACUCACCGUCUAUGCAUAACUGUUGUGUGUUCUGAACGAAAGGAUCUUUAGUCUAACAAAUUCUACUUCCUAAUGAAAAGUGUCUGGAGACCAGUUUCAUAUGCAAUUCAUAUGUGCGAUCAAUCGUAACGAUUAAAAAAAAAAUGCUCUUCAGCCCACCGCACCCUAACAGGGGCCGAGGGCCCUCGUGGAUGGAAAUGUUGUCUUCCCUUCCAGAUCACUAAAUGGGGGGAGUUCUGGCACGCUUGGAGGGGACAAGCCUCAGCUCCGCGGAUGGCUGGUUCUUUGUGCCGGGGACGGGAGACCGACUCCCGUGGUCCGCAGAGAGGGCUCCCGGCCGCCCAGCCUCUGCCCCGCCCCUGGCCGGAGCGGCGUCCCCACUGCACCGCGCCUCCUCAGCGGAGCAGCUCUCGGGCUACGGCAAAGGAGACUCGGACUCUCCAUUAGCUUUCUUUGGACCGGGAGAGGUCUCCGAAGGACGGACAGGGAAAGAAAGGAGAAGGGAGCCGAGAGGAGGUGAAGGCACGCCUGCUCGCAUGGGUGGCUGCAGGACUUAAGGUCUGGAUUCCACAUUGCACCAGAACACCUGCUUACUCCACUAGGAGGUUCCACACUGGAAACAUCUCGGAAGCCUUCCCCGCAUCCUGCCUGUGGCCUACUACACAGUGGCACUUUACUCUCACAGAAGGAAGCCCAUGGACUAGUGACACGAGGCCUGUCACCUAACUCAGUGAAGGAUGCCGGUGUGGAAACACUCUGAUGGGCCGGUGUCCUCCUCCUUCUGCGUGUUCCACUCUUUCGCAAUCUCAGAAAAAAUGGUAUGAAAAGACAAUAUUUUGUGACACGAGAAGCUCCUACUUUUCUAAUGAUGGACGUGUAUUAAGAUGGACAUCUGUUCUACACGAUACCAAGUUCUAUGGUCUCGAAGGAGCAAGCGCCCAUUUAAAACCAAGCCUAAGUAAAAACGGAGCUGCACGGAUGUCAGAAUGUUUGUGAGUGGCAGAAGAGUAAAAAAAUGGCAGUUCGUUCAGUUAUUUGCCACUUGUUUUAUACUAAGCCUCAUGUUUUUUUGGGGACCCAUCGAUAAUCACAUUGUGAGCCAUAUGAAGUCCUACUCUUACAGAUACCUCAUAAAUAGCUAUGACUUUGUGAAUGAUAGCCUGUCUCUUAAGCAUAGUGUGGAUGGGGCGACGCGCUAUCAGUACCUGAUUAACCAUGAGGAGAAAUGUCAGGCACAAGACAUCCUCCUGUUACUGUUUGUAAAAACUGCUCCUGAAAACUACAAUCGACGUUAUGCAAUUAGAAAAACGUGGGGCAAUGAGAAGUACGUUCAGUCCCAACUUAAUGCCAACAUCAAAACUCUGUUUGCUUUAGGGACACCUGCUAACCCAAUGACGAGAGAAGAACUGCAGAGAAAACUGGUCUGGGAAGAUCAAGUGUACAGUGAUCUAAUCCAGCAAGACUUUGCUGAUUCUUUCUAUAAUCUUACUCUUAAAUUACUUCUGCAGUUCAGUUGGGCAAACAGCUUUUGUCCUCAUGCCAAAUUCCUUAUGACAGCUGAUGAUGACAUAUUUAUUCAUAUGCCAAAUCUUAUCAAGUACCUUCAAAGUUUAGAAAAAAUUGGUGUUCAGGACUUUUGGAUUGGUCGGGUUCAUCGCGGAGCUCCUCCUGUGAGAGACAAACGCAGCAAAUACUAUGUCCCUUAUGAAAUGUACCAGUGGCCGGCUUACCCUGACUAUACUGCUGGAGCUGCCUACGUGAUCUCUGGCGACGUAGCCGCCAAAGUCUACGAGGCGUCACAGACACUUAACUCUAGUCUUUACAUAGAUGAUGUGUUCAUGGGCCUCUGUGCCAAUAAAAUGGGGAUAGUACCACAACACCAUGUGUUUUUCUCCGGGGAAGGGAAAACUCCUUAUCAUCCCUGCAUCUACGAUAAAAUGAUGACAUCUCAUGGACACGUACAAGACCUUCAGGACCUCUGGAGGGAUGCCACAGACCCCAAAGUCAAAACAAUUUCAAAAGGGUUUUUUGGUCAAAUAUACUGCAGGAUAAUUAAGAUAGUUCUUCUCUGCAGACUGACCUCUCUUAACACGUAUCCUUGUAGGGCCGCCUUUGUCUAAUGGUACUUGAAUGUUGUAUGUUUUCACUGUCACUGAGCCAAACCUGGGUGAAAAAACUUUAUGUAUUUGUUGAUACCUUAAGUAAAAUGAGUAUGAAAAAAACGAAGAAAUAUUUUGAAAACCCAGUCUAUCAGAAUGUUUCUUUGAUUCUAGAAGCUAUUCAGUGUAACUUAUCUACUUCAUGGCCCAAAUUCAUUUCAAGGAAUUUAUAUUUAAAAAAGGUUUAUGGAGACAAAACUAAAGGGAAACUCAAGUUCUCACUCGAUGCCACAUGUAUAUUUGAGGCAUAGAGAAGUUGUUAAGGUGCCUUGGUGUUAGAGUAAGUGCUUUUGGAAAAUACUAAGUGAAUGUAAAGUACAACAUUUCAAAGAAAUUAGUAUGUUGUCAGACCAGAUUUACAAAUUAGUUUUCACUGGAGAGCACGUGACUGGGGGAGAUGGGAGCAGCAGAGGAUUGGCAUAGGAGAAAGUACUUGAACCUGAAAAGAAAGUUCCUGUUCUUCAGAGGGGACUUAGAAAAAUGUACACAAUUUCUUUAGAAACAGCCAAAUCAAUCACUGUCACAUCCCUGUAGCUAACUUACCUAGAUAGUAUUAGAAUCAUUUAAAAUAUAUUUAUAUCUUUUUUCAAAGUGUAAUGUGAAAUUUGAGCUGUCAUUCGCUCUGGCCUAACUGGUACUUCAUGUGAAUUUUUUGAUUAUUAGAAAUGACACAAAACAUGGGCAGUUUAUUGCUCACAAGGUCUUUAUCUAGGGAGAAAUCAUUGUUCAUUCAAAUCAGCCAAUUUUAAUGAAUUUUUCAGCUGGUUUUUAAAUAUUCAAUAUCAGCCUGUCUUUAAGGUAGUUUUUUGAAUGUAGUUUGCAGAGAGGAAUAUAAUAAUGGAGAGGACUUCAAAAAGAAAGAACAUUAAAUGCCUCUUUUCUCCUUUUCUGUAAUUUAUAAAAUAAAAUUCUUAGUGUGUAAAUUAUUGUGACGAUGACGAAAAUUAGCCUACUCCUCCCCAACAACAUCUCCUAAACCGCAGUACUUUGUCAGAAUCUAAAAUCAAGAGUAUUCAGCAUCAAAUCAAAGCUAUCCUACCUUAAAAAAAAAAUAAGUUCUUUCAUCAAAAUGAUUAUCAGAGGUGUCAUCAAUUUUGAAAUACCUCACAGUGGAAAGCAGAACGAAGUGAUAGAAAUGUCACCAGAAUGAGGUUUAAAAUAUUUGCAAAGCUUCCUAUUCAAAGAGAUGUGGCUGAGCUCUGAAAGGGUAAGUUGCGUUCAUCUCACAGGGCAUGAUAGAAAUGUGGUCAUGAUGCAAAACCUCCCCUCACUACAGAAAGAACUAGGUGAUGUCUAUUGUCACAGGGAUUAUACGACGUCCAAAAUGGUGACUUCAGCAAAAGCAGUCAGUUGAACUGAUUGUAAAACCUCUGUCUCUGCAGAGGUGACUGUUAGGGAAAACUAAGAUGUCUCAUUUUAUUAGAUGAGGUCUGAAACAGGCAGAACAUAAAACUGAAAGAAUUGGCAAACAAUUGGAGGACGAUACAUACUGUAAUUUUUUGCAGAUAGCUUUUUAAUGUUUACAGGAAUUUUUUGUUAAUUUUUUUUUCUAUUUUGAAAAUUGAGGCUUGUUUACAUUGAUUGCUCAGAUUAAUUUAGGAUUUUUAACUAAUGUCCAAACUACGGUGUCAACCAUUCUGGGCUUGUAGUGACUUUCAGAGUAGGUUCAAUGUUUUUAGAUCCUGACAGUUUCAGUUUUCUGACCAAUUUUAAGACCUGUAGAUAACAAAAUCACAUUUUGACAAAGCUGGUUUACAAUUAAUUUUUAUUAGUUGAUUCUUUAAUAAUCGUUUGCCUUUUGGCCAUACAUACCCUCGGUAUCUAUACUUGUAACUGUUUUAAUUUUCCAUUGGUUGAAAACAUAAGUAUCUCUCUGGCCAUUGAGAUGAUCUUGUUUACAGCAAUACUUUUGUGAAAAAUUUAUUUAUUUGCAAAAGAGCUCCCCUCAACUGUGUUCAUCUUCUUAUUUUUGCUUAGAGUAGAAUGGAACAGAUUUAAAUUUAAAGGAAAUAUGAAGGCACUUCCUUUUUUAAUAAGAAGGAAAUUGCUAGAUGCUUCCUUCGUUUGAUUUAAAGUACUGAGAAGAAUAUUUGUAAAUAAAAGGAUUCCAGCCUUUUAAAAAAAGGAGGAAAAAAUAUUUUUGGUGCUCUAAUGCAGGGCUGUCUCAAAAAUCGUCAACAAAGGGAUACUGAACUAUCAGCGUGGAUGGUCACUUGAGUUAGACGAUGGUUGUACACAGUGUUAAUGCUAAAAACUUUUUACCUCUUGGUUGGUUUGCAUCUUUUUCCAUAUUAUUAAUUUUAUACCAGUAUGUUAAAUAUUUAUAUUAUUUUGAAUUUUGCUCUUGUAUGGCAAAAUAAUUAGUGAGUUUUUAAAAAUAAAUCUGUGAUUUCCAAUAAAGAACUUGAAAUUGUCA